AUGUCAACCGAGAUCCUCAUUACCGGCGCUGCUGGCUUCGUUGGCCAGGAGCUAGUCUCCGCUCUCGUCAAGGCCAAUCCCUCCCACCAGCUCACAAUCACCGAUGUCAUUCAGCCCCCAGUACCAGCCGAUGUAGCAGGGGAGAGCGGGAGAAUCAACUCCCUCAAGGCCGACCUCACCGACCCCGCGGCGGUGGCCUCCCUCUUCUCCAAGAAGUUUGCUGCCGUCUACCUCCUGCACGGGCUGAUGUCAGGGGGCGCCGAAGCCAAUCUCGAGCUUGGAUACACCGUUAACUUUGACUCGGUCCGGGCCGUCCUCGACCACCUCCGCAAAAACUAUCCCGGCACCACGGUGGUCUUCACCAGCUCCUGCGCCGUCUACGGCCCCCGCCAGCCCGUCAGCGAAAGCGAGAUCGUGCCCAAGCCCAAAACCUCGUACGGCACUCAGAAGCUUAUGAUUGAGCUUCUCGUGGAGGACUUCUCUCGCCGCGGUCUGAUCGAUGGUCGCAUUGUUCGACUUCCAACCGUCACAGUCAGACCCGGCGCUCCUUCAGCGGCGGCCUCAAGUUUCGCCUCCGGCAUUGUCCGCGAGACGCUGAAGGGCAUCAAGAACGUCCUGCCUGUUAGCCGCGACCUCGAGGUUUGGGUCUGCAGUCCCGCUACUGUGGUCAAGAACCUUAUCAAGGUCAAGGAUGUUGCAGCGGAGAAGUUUGGCGAUUCCAGGGUUGUGAACCUGCCUGGCAUCACUGUCACUGUACAGGAAAUUCUGGAUGCUGUGGAGAAGGUUGGUGGAAAGGAUGCUUUGACUUUGAUUGAGGAGAAGAAAGAUCCUGCUAUUCUGGCGAUCGUAGACACGUGGCCGGCCCGCUAUGAUGUUACCAGGGCUUACAGUCUAGGUCUGGAGCCGGAUGGACCCAUCUUGGAAGCCGUGGAAGCCUUUGCUAAGACGUUGAAGAAGUAA